CAGCUUGUUAUAAAAGCCUGCUGCCUCCAAAGAGACAGUACCUUCAGGAAAAAGUUUCUUCAGGCAUCCAACGACUGAAGUGCUAAUUCUACAGCCAUGACAGAGAGGCACAUCCCUUUCUCUUUUCUUCGCAGUCAGUCCUGGGACCCGUUCCGUGACUGGUACCAGGGCAACAGGAUCUUCGACCAGGCAUUUGGGAUGCCAGCACUUCCUGAGGAGAUGCAUGUCUUUCCCAGCAGCCACUGGCCUGGCUAUCUGCGCCCUCCCAUUUCUGCUGAGAUGGCCUCCCUGAUGCAUGGCUCUCAGGUGCCCACACCAAUAAUGCCCACACCCAUGAUGCCUCAUCCAGCAACCUAUGCCCGUGCCUUGUCACGCCAGCUUAGCUCUGGGAUGUCUGAAAUCAAGCAGACACAGGAAGGCUGGAAGGUGAGCUUGGACGUCAACCAUUUUUCUCCUGAGGAGCUCUCAGUGAAGACCAAGGAUGGUGUGGUGGAGAUCAUUGGAAAACACGAGGAGAGGAAGGAUGAGCAUGGCUACAUAUCUAGAUCUUUCACUAGGAAGUACACGCUGCCCCCUGGCGCAGAUGCAGAGAAGAUCACUUCCUCACUCUCCCCUGAGGGCGUCCUGACUGUGGAGGCACCACUCCCCAAACCUGCCAUUCAGUCCUCUGAGAUCAACAUCCCUGUGAACAAGGUCAACACUGUCGUGCCAACACAGGGUGCUUCAAAGUGAUGAAGAGAAAAAGAAAUCUGUUCAAGCAUUGCAUUUGAGACAACAAACUGCAUGCUCUAGUCUCAGCUCUUUCCGUGCAUGCUUUAGUAUAUGACAAGGGAUUGAUUUCUUGUUUUGCACUUUGUGGGUUUUUUUUGUUUUCUGUGUGUGUAUGUCAACAUUGCAACCAUUUGUUAGUUCCACUUUAAUCACACACUUCCUUUAAAUAUUGGACACUCACACAAAAACACACACAUAGCAUUUACUGAUGGGAACUGAAAGCAGUUUGCACACUUGCUAAUAGAAGGGUGUAGGUUUCUUUGACACACAAACACACAAGUAGCAGUACACACAGAGGGACAGUCUUGACUUUAUUCACACACCUCUAAUCCCCAACAGAGCUGUUUAUUUCCCUCCCACUGACACAAGUGUACAAUCAGCAUGAAAAGGCUCCAGGGGUGUAAAGUCUGUGUAAUGUUCUUGUAAUGAUUUAAAGGGAAACAUUUGGAAGGUAAUUGAGCAGAACCUUAUGCUAUGGACCUUUGAAUAAACUUUUAACAGCAAACCUA